AUGGUCAUGAAGUAUGGAGCUUUCGAGUUUCUUGUCAUGCCUUUCAACCUGACGAACGCUCCCGCAACCUUGAGCACUUUGAUGAACCAGAAUCUUGAUCGAGCACGUAGACCAUUUGUAGCAGAUUCUGACGAGACCCAUGAGCAUGAGCUAUAUGCGAAGGUGUCGAAAUGCUUGUUUGCUCAGGAGACUAUCAGUUUCUUGGGGCACAUCGUGGAGAGAGGACGUAUUCAGAUGGACCCCAAGAAAGUACAUGCUAUUGAGGAGUGGCGGCUGCCGAGCAAUGUUCAUGACUUGCGCUCAUUUCUCGAUUUGGCGAAUUAUUAUCGGUAUUUUGUGAAAGGUUACUCAGAGAUAGCACAGCCCCUGACGGACUUAUUGAAGAAGAUGGAGACUUGGAAUUGGACGCCCCAAUGCUAA